AUGAUGGAGGAGGCUCAGGGCAAUUCUAGUUCCUUGCCUCCUUUCCUCGGCAAGACUUAUGACAUGGUGGAUGAUCCUUCCACCAAUUCCAUUGUUUCUUGGAGUGCCACCAAUAAGAGUUUCAUUGUUUGGAACCCACCAGAGUUUUCAAAGGAUCUGUUACCCAGAUUCUUUAAGCACAGUAACUUCUCCAGUUUUAUCAGGCAGCUCAACACUUAUGGGUUUAGAAAGAUUGAUCCUGAACUAUGGGAAUUUGCAAAUGAGGGUUUUGUAAGGGGUCAGCCACAUCUUUUGAAGAAUAUUCAUAGGCGCAAACCUGUUCAUAGUCAUUCUUUGCAGAAUAUUCAGGUUCAAGGGACUUCUCCACUGACUGAAUCAGAGAGGCAGAGUUUCAAGGAUGAGAUACAGAAGCUUAAAAAUGAGAAAGAACAACUUCUUCGGGAGUUAGAGAGGCAUGAACAAGACUGGAAAAUGUAUGAGGUACAAUUACAAUACUCUAAUGAUCGAUUGGAACAGUUGGAAAAGAAGCAAGAAAAUUUGGUUUAUUCUGUUUCUGAAGUGCUGCAAAAACCUGGGAUUGCCUUAAAUCUGUUGCCACUGACAGAGAAAGGGGAUAGAAAACGGAGGUUGCCAAGAAGUGGUCUCUUAAGUGAUGACGCUAGCAUUGAAGAUCAUCAAAUGGAAACUUCCUCUGUAUUACCUGGAGCAAACACAGAGGAUACUUCUACUCUCACACCAAACAUGGAGCGAAUUGAUCUGCUUGAGUCAUCUAUCAUGUUUUGGGAGAAUAUUGCACAUGAUGUGCAAAGUCACGUGAGGAUGGAUUUUGAUGAUUCGACAAGUUGUGCUGAUAGUCCAACUAUAUCUUCUGUGCAGCUAGAACUUGAAGUUCAACCUAAGUUAAUUGGUAUCAACGUAAACUCUGAGUCAGCUAUAGCUACUGUUCCAAAUCUUGAUACAUCCAAAGAACAACCAAUGGAAACAGUUCCUGUGGUCACUGGUGUUAAUGACAUCUUCUGGGAACGAUUCUUGACAGAGAAUCCUGGUUCUGAAAUUCAUGAAGUACAUUCUGAAAAGAAGGAUUCGGAUGGCAAAAGUAAUGCCAAAUUUUGGUGGAAUAUUAGGAAUGUAAAUAAUCCUCCAGAACAGAUGGGACAUUCUUAG